GGUUCUACGUAUUUCCUUCUUCAUUUGUCCAUAUAAAUCUUUCCAAAACUUCCUGAAAUCAUCUAUUUCCUGAUUUCUUGCAGCAUAAUAGUAAUUCCAUCACAUUCAAGCUCUCUCUAAUGUUUUCCAGCCUGCUCUUCUCCCUUUAUUUUAUAUUACUGUCUUUCACGUAUGCUAGGUUUUCCCCAAACUGGCUGAUUACCCAUCCCUGAAUUCAGUGUUCCUUUUCCCAUCUCCAUACCUUUGUUCAAGUCGCUCCCAGUCAUUGGAAAGCAUUGUCUCCUUGCCUCUAUGUCUUUUAAUCCCUACGUUCUUUCAAGGCUCUGCUCAGUUGUAAAGCCUUUCCUGAUUGCUCUGCUGUUAGUGAUCUCUUCGACCACCAACCAUUAUGCAAUAUUUACUUUUGUGUAUGUUGCGUUCUCUACUAGAACGUAAGCUCCUCGAGAUUGAGGACUGUUUUGUUUUGUCCUUUAUUCUCCGGUAUCCUGCAUGUUAUUUUGUGCAUAGUUUGUGCUUAGUAAAUGUUUGUCUAAUUUAACUGGGACCUUUGCAACUCUGCUGCAAACUUUAGUCAGGUGUCAGCCUCUGUGGAGUGAGAUCAGUGACUUAUAACACAUUACAUUAUUUACCUAUGUCCCUUUUCUCCUCCACAGUGUCUAAUAAGCAUGCUUUUGUGGAUAGCAACCUUCUCUACCAGUUUAGAAUGAAUUUUCGUCGGAGAAGAAGGCUAAUGGAACUGCUCAAUGAACGAUCUCCCUCCUCCCAGGAAACCCACGAUAGCCCCUUUUGCUUGAGGAAACAGAACAGUGAACGAAAACCCACCAGUUUUAUGUCAGUGAGCCCAAGCAAGGAGAUCAAGAUCGUGUCUGCAGUGAGAAGGAGCAGCAUGAGCAGCUGUGGCAGCAGCGGUUACUUCAGCAGCAGCCCAACCCUCAGCAGCAGCCCCCCAGUGCUCUGCAACCCCAAGUCAGUGUUAAAGAGACCAGUCACUUCUGAAGAACUCCUGACACCUGGGGCGCCAUAUGCAAGAAAGACUUUCACUAUUGUUGGUGAUGCAGUGGGAUGGGGCUUUGUUGUAAGAGGAAGCAAGCCAUGUCAUAUACAGGCUGUGGAUCCCAGUGGCCCAGCAGCUGCAGCUGGAAUGAAGGUCUGUCAGUUCGUUGUUUCUGUGAAUGGUCUCAAUGUCCUGCAUGUUGACUACCGGACUGUGAGCAAUCUGAUUCUGACUGGCCCUCGGACUAUCGUCAUGGAAGUCAUGGAAGAGCUGGAGUACUAAGGAGGAGACUUCCCCCUUUCACCACUGUAUCAGACAAAUGUGAUCAUAACUACCUGCAAAAAGUAACACAAAACAAUGCAAGGGGAACGCUGCCUUCCCCACGCAAAUGGAUGGCAGUGACCAUUUGUGUCCCUUACCCCCUUUAGUUUAACUUUCAUAUGUGAUUUAAAUGUGCAAGUGCCCUUUAAGAAAUCCAUCCUCCUCAUUUAGAAAACUGAACUUACCAAUUUACAGUGCCACUUACUCCAUGUACUUUCAGUGUUUGUCAUAGUUGUGUUCUUUUACUUUUACAUCUUUUCUUUUUUACAAAGAAAGUGAAGUUCUUCUCUCUCCAAACUUCAAGAUGCCAAAAAUUCCCAUGAAUGAUAGAACGUACUUAUAUAGGUUCUUAUUUUAAAAUCUUAGUGAAAUCAGCAUGAAUGAGUGUAGUAGCAUUGAUAAAAAUUCAAUGAACCUUGCAUCAAAGUGACACCUGCAGGGCCCUCUAAUAAACUAUGUGCCAACUUUUUAAAGAAAUAGAUUGAAAGUAUUGACACGUCUGAAACCCAACAGAAUCCCACUUGAGCUCUCUGCCACUGGCAGUCAGCUUUUUAUUUACAACCUGCUUUCCAACAUGGUAUGUAAUAGAAAGUUUUGUAAUUUUUUUUAAGCAUUUCUUAAAAUACUCUACAACUCUCAGAAGGUACAUUGCCCUUCAGGGGCUAAGUGUUUGUAGGCUACAGAAACUACAGUCACUUUCUGGACUUAAUCGUCAAUCCAUUGAAUGUAUAUAGACAGUCAUUUAUGUAUGUAUGUAUGUAUGUAUGUAUGUAUGUAUGUGUGUGUGUGUAUGUACAUACCUAGGGGAGCUGGGAGGCCCAGUGAAUAGCCUAGAGUCAGGGAGACCUGAGUUGAAAUCCAGUCUCAGACACUUACUAGCUGUGUGAUCCUAGGCAAGUCAUUUU